UCACUUGUGCAGAUGUAUUAAGCCUUAUUCCUAAUUGUAUACCUUUCUUAAAUUCUUUUGCCUUAGCUAGUUCAUCUAAUGCUGAGAAAUAUUAUAGAGAACUUAAGGGUUUUACAGAAAAAGUUAUAGAAUUAGUUGAGGAACCUUAUUCGAAAUUUAUUAAUAUUGGUCUUCCUAAGUUAUGUUUUAGUCUUCAACUUCUUGGAUCAGCAAAAAAGGAGCAUAUAAAAAGACCUGCUAUUUCUUCUAUUAACAAGGGAUUUAAAAAUUUUGAUAAUUAUCUGCUAGCAGAAGAGGAAUUUAAACCUAUCGAUAAUAAUGAUGCUUUGGUUAAAGGAGCUAAUUUAGCUAUUGCUGAAUAUAGAUGGCUUCAGAUUAGAAGAAUUGAAAAGGGAUUCAUUAACUUUCAAGUACAAUCUGUUAAAGAAUAUCCUAUAUAUGACAUUAAAUAUGAUAAGGAUCAACUCUAUGGAUAUAUUCAAAAAAAUAGAUAUUUUGUACUUAAAGAAAGUAUUAAUGUAAAAGAGAUGGAGGAUGCCUUAGAUGUUUUUUCAGAUUUUUUAAAUGAAGAGCCUAGUACUACUCUUAUUCAUUCUGCUGUUUCAUAUCGUAAAACUCUUAGCAAUGAAUCUGAAGCUAAACUUAAAGAAUUAGAAAAAUUCAAUUUCAGAAUUGAAAGUAUUCUUCGUCUUGGUUUUCAAAGAGGCUAUUCUUGUAUAGCAAUUUUAGAUAAAGCAAAUGCCACUAUGCGUCAAAUGGCUAGUAGAGUUUAUACUCAAGAAUCUGCUAAUGCUAUAUGUAAUUUAUUAAAUAUAGCUACUCAUGUUGUUGCUAUAGAUGCUUUUGCAAAUAACUCAACUUUAGCUUUCUUAAAAUUCUAUCAAGGUGAGAAUGAUCAUGUUAUUGAUAACAAAUAUCAACUACGUAAAAGAAAGAUUGUUAAAUUUCUUUACAAUCCAAAUAAAGGUUUAGAAGGUAUACGUAGAGGUUUUAAGAUACUUCAAGAAGAUGAGAAACAACGCCAAGAUAAUUUUGCUAAUAUUGAUACUACCUGGAGUACUCUUGACUGUGUAAUUUAUACAAGUACUGUAGAAGCUAGCAUCUUCUUUGAAAUAUCUAGUUAUUUUGAUACAAUUAUAGGAAUUACUAAUAUCACUACUCCUGUCCAUAUUGAAGCAUUUGCUCAGAUUCUUAUUGCUAGUACUGAAGCAAUACUUGAAUUAAUUUUAGUGGAAGAUACUGAAAAAAUCAAUAGGAAUAAAAUUUCUCAUACAAUUAAAAAUACUGAGAAAAAAAUUAAAGGUGCAGAUGCAGAAUCAAUAGCUAAUGCUUCAGAUAUUAAAAAUCUAAAAAUCAAAGAAGAAAUGCAAUGGGAAGAUUCACGUGAAUCUAUAGAUCCAUCCUCAGUUGAUUUGCAUAAAUUUUAUUUGGCAAGCAAAGAUGUAUUAUUACUCUUUAGCUUUAAAACUAGAGCUAAAAGAAUACCAGAUCUUAAUACUACAAUAAAAUUUAUUAAUGCAAUAUUAAGUAAUUGGUGUGGUUAUACUAUCAGAAGUAGUACAACUCAUGUAGGUUCAAGAACUAAUAGAGUAUGGAAAAAAACUUAUUGGAUUUAUCGCAAACCAUAUGGUGGAGAUAGUUUUGUAACUCAAGAAGAAAUAACAGCUAUAAAGGAUCUUUUCGAUUCUAUACCUAUUACUAAUAAUAUUACUUCAGAAUGUACAAAGCAUGAAGUUUCUGACUUAUCUAAUAAUAAGAUUGAUGAAAAAGAUUUAUUCUUAGAAAUGCUAGCUCAAUAUGAUGCAGAACAUAGAAAGAAUUCUUCUCAAGAUAUAUGUUAUGUUGAUAUUACUACUUUUGAAGCCAAUACAUAUAAGAAAGAAAUAUUUGAUUCUUUAAUUUCUUUAUCUUCAGAGUUUCUCAUUAAAAGUGAAUCUGAUAUAGAUAUGCUUAUCUUCUAUCUACAAUAA